AGAUCUGCGGGCAGCUCCACCAUGUCGGAUAGCGACCUCGGGGAGGACGACAGCGCCACAUCCCCAGACCCCUCGCAGUCCAACAAGAGGAAGAGAAGGGGCAAUCUCCCCAAGGAGUCCGUGAAGAUCCUCCGGGACUGGCUGUAUGAGCACCGCUUCAAUGCCUACCCCUCCGAGCAGGAGAAGCUCAGCCUCUCGGGGCAGACCAGCCUCUCGGUGCUGCAGAUCUGCAACUGGUUCAUCAAUGCCAGGAGGCGGCUGCUCCCUGACAUGCUGCGCAAGGAUGGGAAGGACCCCAACCAGUUCACUAUCUCCCGCCGAGGGGGCAAAGCUGGUGACAUGGCCCUGCCACGGGGGGCUACUGCCAGCUCCGGGGUGCUGGUGGUCCCUCCUGUGACGGCCGCAGGGGCCUCCAAGGUGCUCUCAAUGUCGGUGUGCCCGCAGGUACUGUGCCACCCCGCCCAGGCACUGGGCAGCAACCUGACAGUGGCGAGCACCCACAGUCCUGAGCGGGAGAAGCCCCCCGGCCCUCAGCGAGUGGAGCCAGACCCUGCCCCCAAAGUGCCGCUGGGUGCCGCUGGCAGCACCACGGCCCUGCUGGCCCCAGUGUUUGAUCCUGUUGUCUGGGAGCCAGAAAGCAUCUGGCAGCAACAGAGGGCUGAUGAGUUUGUGUCUUCCCUCUUCCUGGCCACCGUUAGCAAAGUGAGGAAGUGUCACUGUUAG